AUGUAUUGUGCUGUACCAAAAGUGGCAACAAAAACUCUUUUAACAUUGAUGUUAUAUGUGCAUCUGUUGGAUAUUCAAAGAAAUCUUAGAAAUAAUUGGACAAAUAUUGAUAUAAAUAGAACUCGAACAGAACAGACGAUUGAUAUCUCAACAUUUAUUCAAGAUCUUCGACAAAAUGGAAUUCGAAUUCCGAAAACGAAAGAACCAAAAUCUCUUGAUGAAUUUCUUCAAAUGUAUCUUCAUAUUCUUCAAUUUGGGAAUAUAAAUGGUACAUCAUCAUCUCGACCUCCUCCUAAUCCUUGGAGAACAAAAUUGACAUAUUCAUUUCCAUAUAUUCGUCUUUUCAAUCUUGUUAAUUUAUCUCAAAUAUUUUCCUCAUCAUUUACUCGUAUUAUCUUUGUUCGUCAUCCAUUUGAACGUCUUGCAUCAGCUUAUAAAGAAAGAAUAGCAACAUUAAGUAAAGAUAGAAUUGAACCUGAACCUGAAUAUGACGCAAUACGAACCAAAAUUUGUUAUCAACGUAUGUGGCUUAAAAAACCUCAUGAACGUGUUUAUAAUGAUCCAUGUCAAGGCAAUGUUCCUUCAUUUGAAGAUUUCAUUCGAUAUAUUCUUGUUGAUACACAAUCAUCUGUUGGAAUAUCUCAAAUGGAUUUUCAUUGGCAACCUUAUUCAUCUAUUUGUCAAGUUUGUCAAUUGAAAUAUAAUUUUAUUGGUCGAUAUGAAACAUUUAAUCAGGAUUUUAAUCAUUUAAUUCGUUAUUUUAAUAUAUUGAAUUGGAUUAUUCAAAAGAAAUAUUCUUCAUCUCAUCUUAUCAAAUGGAAUUAUCAGAAAUUUUAUUUCAAUUUACCAAAUGAUUUAAUUUGUCAACUUAUACGUUUAUAUGAAGAAGAUUUUCGUUUAUUUAAAUAUGAAAUAAACCAAUAUAUUAAUCGAACGGAUUUGAUCAGAAUAUGUAAAUAUAUCUUGAAAAAUACAAUUUCAAUUAUCUAA